AGGCUACGCCAGCUUUUUGAUGGCUCUGCUAACUUUUCUGAGCGUACUAGCAGCUUUAGCUGGUGCUAUCAACGCCCAGUGUCCCAUCUCCGGCUGUGACGGCCUCCGUUCUUUCUCCUCCACGGCGAGAACCGGCCUGCAACCGACGCGUUCGAACACCGAGCGACACAACCCCGAACACGAUGCAGCACCCCGGCUACUGUGGAGUUACGAGACCCACCUACCCUCCGGAGCUGGUUGCGUCACUAACGGAGCUGAAGACUCCGCUGUUGUGAUCUGCCCCAUGGCUAUUGGACAAAAUGCCAGUGUGGUAUCAUUUUCAGCGGCGAAUGGAAGCGUUCUCUGGACCCUAUCCCUCACCUCCCAAGCAGUCCUACCGCUAGUCAGCAUCGACGGAGGAUCGGUGGUCAGUGACGGUCAGACACUGGACUGGCUGGCUCGCGAUGGUCGCUCCCUCGCUCCUCCUGUCACCCUCUUCCCGGUCCAAGGUCCUCUGUUUGACCUCACCAUUACCCUCCCUACCAGCAUCGUCACUAUACUCUACAAGUGUGGCUUCAUCUCCACUUACACCGUAGAUGGAGUCCCGAUAUCUGGACUGUGGUUGAACGGUACACGGAAUGGAGUGAGGGGAACGUUUGUCCCUCUCGCGAACCCCGUCAUAAACGACACUCGUCUCUAUAUUCUCUCAGCCUUCAGACCUCACACAACUGAACGAGAUAGCAACACCACGCUCCUCAGACUGUAUGCUAUCAAUGUGGCAGCAGCUCUCGACCAUAAGUUCACCAUUCUCUGGACAUACAACGUGACGCUCAGGGGAAUCAUACCAUACCUCAGUACUGUUGGCACAUACUGCAGCAACUCGCUGCCUCCUGAGGCUCGUUACGAUGAUAAUCACAGGGGCUCUAGCUCAUCAUCAGAGAAGUCUCCUGGACUGUUAGAGCCUCCACCAGGUGUACUAACAAUGACAGGAGGGAGGAUUUUAGGGUCCGUAUCUGUUUUAACCCAGUCUGGAAAAUUCGUCUCGUUCAAUAUGAGCGUGAGAGAUUUGGGAAAGAAUUUCUCUCUGAUUUCAAGCGGGUACUCCAAUAACUUACUGACGGCCCUCUGUUGGGGUAACAACAACAGAAAAGAACAGAAUACUCCGUAUCCUUGGGAAAGGAAGGGAAACUUAGUUCAGGCUGCAGAAGGGGAACAAUUCUGGGCCUCAGUUUCGCUGUCAAGAGGGACCAUAACCAAAACGGUGUUGGAGUUGUUGCUGGAGCAGAAUAGGCCACCUGUCAAUUCUUCGUCCCUGGUUCUCCCCACCUCUCUCACCACACCUGUGACUCUACUGCAGUCCCCUACUGAUCAGGAUAUGCUGGUGUUUGGGACUAAUGGAGCCGUGUCUGGUGUUAGUCAGGAAGACAAUCCACAUCUUGUAGGAGUGGUGGGCGAUGAGGGAGGAGUUGUACCGAGUGUAAAGUGGAGCUUGCCUCUUCCCCUCGUGCAGCCUGCACGCGGACAAAUCUCCUCCCUGUCUUUCUCUUCCAGGACCAUCUUGUUUCUGACUACUCCCCUUGGAGUGUAUGCAUACCAACUGUAAGCCC